AUGGGAGCUAAAUUAGACGUUCCAAAGGGAUAUGGUCCUUAUGUAUUUCGUAUACAUGGACAAGUGUAUCAUGAUACAUGCUCUCUUCAUCCUGAUGAUGGAGAUAAUCGAAAAUAUGGUCAAUUGUAUAUUCUUGAUACUGAUGAAGCGGUGAUGGAACGAUUGAAUAAUGAAUGUAAUAAAAAAUGUUUACAAUUACUAAUGACUGAAAUAGAUAUUUUACUUAGAGAUAUUAAUAUUUAUGCAAAGUCAUUUAAAAUGAUGAAAGAAUUGGAAUUGGAAGAAGAAGCAAGGGCAAAAUUAAUGAAUGAGUGUCCGAGAAGCAUUCAAAUGUGGUUUAAACGUGAUCCAAAAUUUUCUCAAAGCAAAUAUAAUGUUCCGUCUUGCAAUGAAGUAGCAGUUAUAUUUGUUAGCGAAGAUGGUGAGCCUCCAAUUGAACGUGAUAUAUGUAUACAUCCAAGGGGUUCUAAAAGUAUUCCAAUUAGUAGUCUUAGCACACAUGCCGAUCCCAUGACAUAUCCUUUAAUGUUUCCGUCAGGUGAUCCAGGAUGGACUGUAAAUAUGAAACAUACUGAUGGUGUUCGUAAUAUUACUCCUUUACAAUUUUAUAUGUAUCGCUUGUCUUAUAGAGGAACAUUUAAUCCAUGUUUACAAAUGGGUAAAUUAACUCAACAAUUUAUUGUUGAUAGUUGGUCAAAAGUAGAAGGUGAGCGUUUAAAAUAUAUUCGUUUUGAACAGAAAAAACUUCGAGCUGAAAUGUACUGUGGAUUAAUGGAUUAUAUGAAUAAUAAAGCAACACAAGAAAAUAUUCGACCAGGGAAAAUGAUUAUUUUACCUUCUACAUUUACUGGAGGACCACGCGCUUAUCAACAAUGUUUUAUGGACGCUAUGCGAUUAGUUCAAGAAUUUGGAAAACCAGAUUUAUUUAUUACAAUGACAUGUAAUCCAAAAUGGCCUGAGAUUAUGGAAAAUUUAUUGGAUUCGGAAACUGCAUCUGACCGACCAGAUAUUGUUGCCCGAGUUUUUCAAAAGAAAGUAAAAGAAUUAAUGUGUGAAUUAAAAGAUAAACAAAUUUUUGGUCCAGUCAUUGCUUAUGUAUAUGUAAUAGAAUUUCAAAAGCGUGGAUUGCCUCAUGUACAUUCAAUAAUUUUUUUAGAUAAAAAGUUUGCUAUUCGUGAUGCAGAAACUGUAGAUAAAAUAAUAUGUGCAGAAAUUCCUGAUGAGAAAAAGAAUCCAGAACUUUAUAAAAUUGUGAAGCAGUUUCAAGUUCAUGGACCUUGUGGAAAGCAAAAUGUACAUUCUCCUUGUAUGAAUCCUGAAACAAAAUUAUGCACGAAAAAUUAUCCUAAACCAUUUUCUCCAAAAACAAAUUAUGAAUCAAAAAAUUAUCCGGAGUAUAGACGGAGAAAUGAUGGCAAAAAAAUUAUUUUUUAUAAUAGAGACGGGUCAAUUAAAUGCACUGCUGACAAUUCGAUGAUUGUAUCAUAUAAUCCGUAUUUAAGUAAAAAAUUUGCAUGUCAUAUUAACUUAGUAGCAUGUGGUAGUACAGGUGGUAUUAAAUAUUUAUUUAAAUAUUGUUAUAAGGGACAUGAUUAUGCAAUAGUUGGUUAUAAAGAUGAUAAUCAAGUAAUGCAUUAUGAUGAAAUUCAAAAUUAUUUAAAUACACGGUAUGUGUGUCCACCAGAAGCAAUGCAUAGACUUUAUGAAUUCAAUAUGCACGAGCAAUCACAUGCAACAUAUAGAUUAGCUGUACAUUUGCCUAAUCAACAAUCAAUAUGUUUUCAAGAAGGAAUGGAACAAACUGCAAUUGAGAAAUUUAAAAAUACAAUGUUGACAGCAUGGUUUCAGUUAAAUAGACAAGAUCCUGAAGCACGCAAAUAUUUGUACUCUGAAAUACCACAUAAGUAUGUUUUUGUUGAGUCAUCUAAAACUUGGAAAAAACGAGAACGAAUUACAAAACCUAUAAUUUGCCGAAUGUAUUUUGUAAGUCCAAAAGACAUUGAAAGAUAUUUUUUGAGAAUUUUACUACUUUAUGUACGUGGUGCUAAAUCGUUUGAAGAUGUGAGAACAUAUGAAGGUAUUAUAUAUAAUACUUAUACAGAAGCAGCACGUGCAAGAAAUUUGAUGGUAGACGAUAACGAGUGGGAUAAUUGUUUGACUGAAGCCGUGAGUAUGAAAUUUCCUAAAGAACUAUGUCGUUUAUUUGCAUAUAUAUGUGUGUUUGGUUUACCUGUGAAUGCUGUUGAUUUAUGGAAUAAGUUUAAAGAACACAUGAUUUUUGAUAAUAAUUUACCUGUGGAAAUAUCGCUUCAAAAAUCAUUACUUUUAAUUAAUGAAGUAUUUAAUUUUCAUGGAUUUACAUUACAUCAAUUUGGUUUACCAAACAUCGAUCUAAAAAUUCUUGAAGAUUAUAGUUCUGUUGAUAAGAAAGGUAAUGCGUUAACAUUACAAUUGCUAAAAGAAGAAGCUAAUAAUCUUAUUGAAAGUUUGAAUGAUGAACAACGGCAAGUUUUUAAUGAUGUUAUGAUGGCCGUACAUAAUGAUGAAUAUGAUAGUAGAUAUUUUUUUCUUGAUGGGCCUGGAGGAAGUGGUAAAAGCUAUUUACACAAUACUAUUAUUACUACAGUCGAAAGUGAGGAAAUAGUAGUUUUAUCAGUUGCUUGGACUGGUAUAGCGGCUAAUCUUCUAAAAGGAGGACGAACGUCACAUUCUAUGUUUAAAUUCCCUAUACCAAUCAAUGAAGAUUCAACAUGUAAUAUAAGUGGAAUGUCGAAACAUGCUGAACUUUUAAGGAGUGCAAAAAUUAUUAUUUGGGAUGAAAUUUCAAUGGCCCCAAAAUAUGCUUUACAAGCAAUGGAAUCCAUGUUAAGAGAUAUUACAAAAUGUAAUAAACCGUUUGGAGGUAAAGUUAUUUUGCUUUCAGGUGAUUUUAGGCAAACUUUGCCAAUUGUUCCGCAUGGUAGUCGCACUCAUAUUGUUGAGUUAUUUUUAAUUGUUUCGCGAGGAAGCGAAGAAAUUUGUUUUGUACACGUUCAAGACGAAGCAGAUCAUCCUCCUGAUAAGGCCACCAUAAGAUUGAAUUACAUAUUAAGUUAG